UGUCACGCCAUACGUGAAAAGUCAAAAAUCGGCUUGAAUCGAAUCAUUAAUCGGGGGCAAAUCUUAAAAAGACAGUGCACAUGGAUGACAAACAAAUUAUCUUAUUCUUAUUCGUGGCAAUUUGUCUUUUGGGACAACGAAUGGUAUCAGGUAAGUUUACAGCAAAAGUAUAUCGAUUCUUUGCAUGUUUACGUCCUGAAGCAUAAUUUGACACCAUGCAAGUCAAACAGCGAAGUAUCUGAUUUUCAUCCAAUUUGCGAUAAAUAUCUUUUAUAAACCCAUAAACCUCGCAUUUUCCCCGUGGACCCAUCUCUAUACCGACUUCUUUCCGAAUCGUGAUCAGUUUCGUCUAGUAUUCCUCUUCAGUUCAAACACAUUUUUCAGUCACGCUUGGUCGCAUCACAAUGGCGGAAUAAUAACUUUCACUUUCCAAACAUUGCGGAAAUAAGACCGCAGGCAAUGAUGUAACUUGAUUUGCACUUAAAAAUUAAAGAAAGGCAUAUCUUGGAAGGAAAGUAUUUAAAGGGACCACUAAGAAAUGUGACCUGAAAGCAAAAACAGUCACAGUAUUAAAAGGAUGGUACACGUAAAUAGUUUACGGUUAACUGAACAAAAGUUUUUAAAUUCCAUUUCCCUUUAAAAGGAUAACGAUAAGCGUGGAACAGUCGGGCAAAGCAAAACUUAAACGGCUACGAAAUUUUGCAACGGAAAGCCGAUCGAGAACGUUAAUUGGCUGAACAAGAUCCAAAAACAUCCGCCUCAAAAGAUAUAGACUUUAAAAAAGUAGGUUGUUAUACGUGGGUGCAAUACCGUAUGUUUAACAUUCGUUUGAACAAGAUGCUUAAAUUGGUCUAGCUGAUAGAUGCAUUCUAGGCAAACAGUAAUUUCAAUGUUUUAUCCCUUUUUGUAGCAUCAUGUGAACAAGUUGAUGUAGGAGUGAGCUGGUACAUUCUCGACAAUCAGUUAAAUGCUUCCUCUGAACUGAAUGCCAGCACACCAGCAAAGAAUGGCCGACUGAACUUUGUAGCGGGAUCAUCAUGGUGUGCAUCCACGAGUGACAGCGGUCCAUAUCUACAGAUUGACUUACGGAUUCCUCAUAUCAUCUGUGCUGUAUCCACUCAGGGGAAUUCCCAGGGGAGUCAGUGGGUGGAGUCUUACACCCUACAGUCAUCUACAAAUGGGACAACUUGGACAGACUAUAAAGAAAAUGGAAAAGUUAAGGUAGUUGAAGUUAAAGGGUGCAUAUAUUAAUGGCCUGACCUGUCACUUUAAAAAGAAAAAAAUGCUUUUUUCUAGAGUUUUUUUUUUUUUUGCAUAAAAAGACGAUCUCUUCCUACCACCCUACUUAGGAUAAGACUGGUCUGGCUGCAAACACAGUUCUGAUUGAUAGGAAGCUGAAACCCAUUUUCUGCUGCAUGAAGCACCUAGGAGUAUAAAUUGCUUCUCUCCUUUGAAUGGAAUGCUAGUCUGUUCAAAGGUUACCUUACGAAAUUUGUUGCACUUAUAUACUGAGGUGGAAGAAUGACAAGCGUGUAAAGGAGCAAAGUUUGUUAUCUAAGGGAGUAAUGCCAUGUGGCAAAGAUAAUUGAAUCCAGAAGGGAGAAGUGGGAAGUGAGGGGGUGAUAUCCCAUUGGGUUCACAGGAAAGUCACUAAGUGCUAGUGACCAGGAAUUUCCUAGCUAUGUCCUACUGCCAGUACGACCCCUGGCUACUUUCAAAGGAAACAAAAGGAAAGCAGACUGAACCAAUAGAAUGUCCUAGCUGUUCAAAUCAUUACCUAUAAUUUGCAUAUAUCUUGCAACUUAGUGACAGCCCUGCGUUUAGUAAACUGAACUCUCCGCUAUCUUUAUUUAAGAAUCACCUCCUAAAUGCUAAGCCUUUUUUUGUUUUUAAUUUUUUUUCCAGACCUUCAAUGGAAACUUCGAUCAGAACUCAGUAGAAAAACAGAUCUUGUUCAGUGCAUUUGUUGCCAGAUACUUGCGUUUUGUUGUUGGGUCCAAACAUGGUGAAGCUUGUUUACGAGUAGAAGUCUCUGGCAUACCUAGAAGCAGAGGUUUGAUAUAUUGAGGAUAUUCUUCAGUUUUCAAGGAAUUUAGUUUUUUACCCAGUUGUGGAACCUUCCUUCACAUCAUUGAUAUGAUCUUUUUCUUUUUGCGACCACAUCAGCUCUUCAACCAUUAUCUUUCUCUUUCUUUUUUAAAAAUCUUGUUAAAAUACAGUCUUCGCAAGUAAUUCACUGUAUGGCGUAGUCUCUCCUCACUCCUUGCCACUAAAGACAUUUCACAGGAAAGAGGUCUGCAAUUUUGCCACAAAGAUUUCAUUUUGAUGAUCAUAUGUAGAUUUGUCUCUGGAAUCUGGUCAACGAGCAGGGAUUGGUCAAAGUAGUGGCAAAUGACAGACAAAAGACAAAAGGUCACAAUGAUGUACAGUAAAUGCCAUGAAUCAAGUAAAAAAGUCAUUAUUCAUGGAAUAUUAUCUUCUUUACAAGAAGAAUUUGAGUUUUGCUGCUGCUCUUUCACAGAAGAAACCAAAACCUUAACGAUAACACACCAGGAGAGACUUAGACUCAAACAAUUUUAUAUCUAGAACCCCAUCACUACCAGAUUAAUUUUGUAAACAUUGAUUUACGUCAUCAAUAUGGAAUUUUUGGGGCUAUUUCACAGAUGGCUCUCCUGUGAAAGGUCACCAGUGGCGAGGAUUAAGGAGAGAUGGUAGUGUAUUUGCAGGCUGGUUUGUGGCCAACCUGUCAAAAUUAAGAGGUUUAAUUUUUGAACAGUUACCGAUUAAAUACUUGCCAUGACCAUUGUUUUGUACAGCACUGCAGACACACUACAUGUACAGCUGCUAUACACGUACUCUGAACAUUAACAGGAGUAUUCAGAAAGGCCUUCAAUACUUGAUUUUCCUUUCAGUGUUGAAGGCUGUGCUGUAAUAAAAAUUCUAAGGAGCCGAAUGCUCUGCACCUAGCUGUGAAAUCCAGGGUGCCCAGCAUAUGAUUUCCAUGCAGACGCUGAGAUCUUCUAGUCCCCAAGAACAGAAGUAAGGACCCAGUGGUCUCCAAGAGGGGGGAGAGCACAGCCUGCAACCCUGCUGCGUUUAUCUGUAAUUUCUAUUAUUCGUUUGGUUUUUAGUUCCGAGAAAUAUUGCCCUUUUCAAGCCAACAAGUCAGUCAAGUGCAUACAGUGAUUCGAUAUCCUACCCUGCUAGCAAUGCAGUGGAUGGAGAUAGGGGUACAGACAUCAGCAAAUGUACACACACUCUCAAAGAAAACAAUCCUUGGUGGAGAGUAGACCUGGGGCGAGUACAGCCUGUAGCUGAAGUGAAUAUACUCAACAGAGACACACUGUCAAACAGAUUGGAUGGAGCUGAGAUAAGAGUGGGUAGGUAGUAAGUGUGGGAGAUGCUGUAAUCAGUUGCUUUACCUUGUUCAGAAGUGUUCCUUGUUAAUUUUGAAAUAUUUUAAUUAACUGAAAUUAUUUUCCAUUGGCUUUUAAGUUAAGAUUUCUCAGAAGAAAAGUAUGUGAAAGUGAUCACUGUGCUUUGUAAAAGUGUACAUGUAUUUAGUAUCAAUAGCAUUUUCUUCCUACAUAGUUACAUUCAUGUAAAGUCAAAAUCCCACAGAUUCUAUUUGAGUGAACCAAUAUAUACAUCAAUGUAGAGGUUUUGCAAGUGAGAUUGCAGCACUCCCCUGAUCUUGAAGUCAAUGCCAAGAUUGUUUCUUUUUUUUUUUAAACUAUUAUUAUGCAUGAAUUGUGUUCAAAUAUUGCAGUAAAUGUUACCUCAUAUUUUCUUUUAUUCGCUUUGCAAGGAAAUGAAACAACAAAUGGAGGAGCAGACAACAGUCUUUGUGCAAAUAACAUACAAAUCCCAGCAGCAAGUUCCAAGAUAUAUUUCUGUCGUCCCAACGCAUAUGGCAGAUAUUUGUACAUCAGAUUACCUGGCAUUACGAUGUUUUUGACGCUCUGCGAGGUUGAAGUUUAUUCCUAUCUUAACUCAGAAAGUAAGAGCGCUUUUCUUUCCUCCUGUUUAUUUUGUAGGUACAGUAUGUGCAUUCCCAACAUACGUGUGGCUUUACAUACAUGACAAUGCAAUCUACUUAAGAUGAAAUACAAUUAAAUAAAAUUAAAAAGACACCUAUUAAUAAAAGAUCUCUUAAAGCGUUUUGUUUUAACAGCAGGUAAAAUAAAAUCAUGUCCUCUGUUUCGCAAAACUCUCUGUUUCUUAGGGGGUAAUAGUUGUGAAAACUAAAAUUGCGGACACUUCACUCGUUUCAAGAGUAAGAACUACAGCUGUAACUAGGCGAAAUAAUGGCUAAAAACUGAUAGAAAAAACAGCAAGAAGACAACUCGGAGGGCGACAUCUGCUUUUUGGAGAAUAUUUGCGGGGCUGGACAAGCCUAAACGUUCACUAUCGAAGAUAAAUUUAACAUCGAUCCAGGUAAGAAUGUUUUAGCUAUGUUUUUAAACUAGGAAUUAUUUAAUUUGAAUGACUAAUAAAGCAAUUAAUGAAUUCGGCUUUCGUAGGAUAUGAAGAAUUAAGCAGAUGUCGGAGGGUGUUAUCCACCGCGACCUUCGGCCUCUGUGGAUAGCACCCUCCUCGAUCUGCUUAAUUCUUCAUAUCCUAGGAAAGCCGAAUUCAUUAAUUGCUAAUUAUCAACCUUUCAAAGGAAUCUGGAAUACUUUGUACUGAUUUAAAAGUGGCUAGUGUCAAACCACUGCUCAAGAAGCAAUCUUUGAGGUCGGAUGAAUUCAAGAAUUUUUAGGCCAAUUUUGAACUUGGGUUUUCUGUCUAAAGUAGUCGAGAUAUGUGUUGCCAAGCAGCUCAUUGAUUAUUUAGAUGCCAAUGGUCUCGCUGUCUCAUAUCAAUCAGCGUACAGGAAACUUCAUAGCACUGAGACUGCUUUAAUCCGUGUCCAUAAUGAUAUCGCAAUUGCCUCAGAUCAGAAAAGAUCAGUGAUUUUGCUGCUCCUUGAUCUUUCCGCGGCGUUUGAUACUGUAGAUCACUGUAUCUUACUUUCACGCCUUUCUCGUCGAUUUGGAGUUGGUGGUACUGCAUUGGCAUGGUUUCAAUCGUAUUUGGAUGAUCGCACUCAGUUUGUGAAUACCAAUGGAUCUACCUUCGAGCGACGUGUUCUGCAGUUUGGUGUACCCCAGGGGUCGGUUCUUGGACCUCUUUUAUUCUCAUUGUACACCUCUCCACUGAGUAAUAUCGCCAGUAAGCGUGAACUAAGUUUUCGCUUUUAUGCGGAUGACAGGCAGCUUUAUGUAACAUUCGAGACGUCACCCUUACUGACAUGGAAUUGAGCAAGUAUAGAUUGGAAGCCUGUGUACUAGAAAUUUACACCUGGAUGCUUCUGAAUAAGCUAAAAUUAAAUAAAGACAAAAUUGAACUUCUUGUGAUAUCAUCUUUACACCGUGCUCGACCUCCUUUGUCACAUAUUCAUGUUUGUGAUGAGAGAGUGCUGGCUUCACCAAAAGCGGGUAACAUUGGAGUUCUCUUCGACGAAUCUUUGAGUAUAUAUGGUUCCUCAGGUGACAGCAACGAGCAAAUCCGCAUUCUAUCAUCUCCGUAAAAUUAGGCUCAUUCGUAAACAUCUCACCUUUGAUUUAGCCCAGCUUCUUGCUCGAGCUGUUGUUACAUCAAAGCUUGACUACUGCAAUUCGUUACUAUAUGGUUUACCUAAGAACGUGAUUAAACAGCUCCAACGUGUGCAGAAUGGAGCUGCUCGUGUUGUUACUCUUUCGCCCAAGUUCUGUCAUAUUACAUCUGUUCUUGCGAAUCUUCACUGGCUCUCGAUUUAUCUCCGGAUUGAAUUGAAAAUACUUAUCGUUACCUGCAAGACUCUCCAUGGACUUGCUCCUUCUUAUAUUAAAGAUCUUGUUCAAAGUUACCUCCCGGCACGGGAUCUUAGGUCUUCAAAGAAAAAUCUACUUGUUGUGCCUGUUUUUAACAUAAACAGUUAUGGCCGUCGAGCUUUUUCUGUUGCUUCGCCGCUUCUUUGGAACAGUCUUCCUCAGCAUAUUAGGGAUGCUGGAUCACUGGACAUUUUUAAAAGACAGUUGAAAACUGUUCUUUUUAGACGCGCCUUUUUAAAAUGAUUACGUGACUGUGGUUUUUUUUAUAUCAGGUCUUAAAUUAUUUUAUCUUUAGUUUUUGAUUUUUAAAUUUUAAAUUUUAACUGUGUUUGUACUUUAAAAUUUUAACUUUAAAUAGCGCCUUUGGACCGUGUGGAAAGGGCGCUUUAUAAGUGUCUCAUUAUUAUUAUUAUUAUUAUUAUUAUUAUUAUUAUUAUUAUUAUUAUCAUUAUUAUUAUCAAAACUAACUAUUAAAACCUAUUUACAAUUAAUUUCGCUGAAGAAGAAAUAUAUAUAUAUAUAUAUGUUUAGUCAAGCACUUUUUACAAGUCAUUUUAUUUCAUAAGUUAAGGUUCUAUUCAUUUCGAUUAAAAAAAAAUAUUCAUUCAAUUAAAAAAAAAAGCUCAUUUCAAUUAAAACCAAUUCAUUUCGAUUAAAAAUAAAAUAAAAAUAUUAAAAAGAUCCUAAAAUACUAAUAUUGUUAUUAUUAUAGGAAGGAAAAAAUUAUUCAACUGUAAAAAAAUAUGUACAUAAUUUACAGAAAUAUUUGAAGUACAAAUUAAGCACUAUAUAACAUUAAGAAUUAUAUAAAUAAAAAAUAGCAAUGUCAAUAGCGAUUUCGCAUAUAUAUACCUUGCGGCUUAGAUGCGGUCAAUAACUCUUGUAGGCAGUCCAGAGUUUUAAAUUAAGUCAUUACAAAUCCGUCUCUGAUAUUAAAGAGAAAACAAGUCAAAAAGAAUAAAAUCUCGUAUUCCUAAAUUCCUAAUUCUUUAAAAAAAAAAUAUUAUUAUUAUUAUUAUUAUUAUUAUUAUUGUUAUUAUUAUCAUAAGUUUGAUAAGUAUCUGCUAUAAUAAGUUCUAUUAAUGAGUGCUAACGAUCAAAACUCUGGCGAUACUCUAUCUUUAUUCCGCGAGCUCCCACAUUUUGGUUUUGGCUUAUAGUCAAUACAAUAAUUGUUUUCCCCCAUUUGCCGACGAAAAAGUGCUAAGAAAAACUCUCGGGCACUGUAUGACCUUAAUCUUUUCAGGCUAAACGUACUUGAAGACCCUAAUCCGGGGGAUAGUCUCUAUAAUCAUCGUAUCCAUAGUCGCCACUAUUCCCCAUAUAGUUUCUACAAUUUAAAAGUGAACUUCCCAGCCGUGUCAGUGAUUCGAGCUUCUCUCUUCUACGUAAUAACAUUAGGAGUCUUAGGCGAAACCUUGAAAACUUUCAAGUUCAUCUAUUGGACGAGUUGAAUUUUGAAUUUAGCAUUAUAGGAGUUUCCGAAACUAGAAUAAUCAGCGGUAAAGAAAUGCAUUUUAAUCCAAGCAUACCUGGAUAUGUUUUCGAAUAUGUUCCGACACCUCUAGCCUCUCACAUUGACAAUUUUAUUGUCUAAAAAGCCUCCUUUUGAUAAAACAACAUCAUCAAACGAAAAAACCGAGGUCUCUUUUACAGAAAAGUAGGUUUCCAAAGGUAAUUGGAAUUUUGACAAGAAUCAUGAGUUAACCCCUUUGGAAAAAUGCCAAUUUUUCGACCAUAGUGAAAUGACAUUUUUAUCGUCCAAAAAGACUCAUUUUGAGAAAACAACAUCAUCAGACGAAAAACCUAGGUCUGUUUUACAGAAAAAAGAGGCUUGAAAGAAAUUUGGAAUAUUUAACCAGAAUCAUUGGUUAACCCCUUUGGAAAAAUGCAAAUUUUUCGACUAUAAUAAAAUUACAUUUAUGUGGUCUAAAAAGCCUCCUUUUGGGAAAACAACAUCAUCAGACGAUAAAAAAGAGGUCUCUAAUACAGAAAAGUAGGCUGGAAAGACAUUUGGAAUUUUUUACCAGAAUAGUGGGUUAACCCCUUUGGAAAAAUGCAAAUUUUUUGACUAUAGAAAAAUGAAAGGUUUUGGCUUGUAUAUUAAAGAUUCUCUGAAAUAUACUGUUAUUAAAGAGGUAUCUGAUGGAGCCUUCCAGUCACUUUGGAUCGAAAUCAAAACGUCUGUAUGAAGCUAAUAGUUGACAAUAGAUUACAGACCUUACGAGAAGUGGAUGUACUCGGCGUAGUUCAUUAUGGAAGCCAUUACACUUUCAUCCCUUUUAUACUUUUCUUAUGUUGUUGUUGUUGUUGUUAAAUAAAACAGGAAGGAACCCCAGAUCAAAGCAAUAACAUAAUUUGUUCUGUGAGUCUGUAGUUUCUACGUUAAGAAUAAUAACACGAUAAUAACUCUUCCUCCUUUUUUUCAUAAACUUAGGUUGUGUACUUUUUUUAAUGUUUUUUUUAGGUUGUGUACUUGAUCCAGUAGGAGUGUCGGAUUAUAGCGUUGUUUUUGAUCAGAGGUUUUCAGCUUCGUCAUUUCUUAGCGGCCGCAGUCCAUCUGAUGGCCGAUUAAAAGGAUCAAUGCCUGGAUUCCUGCCACAAACAGUAACAACAAUGAUUUCCUGCAGAUCGAUCUGGGAUCCCUUUACUUUGUUUGUGGAGUAGCAACACAAGGAAAUCCAAAUAAUGAUUAUUGGACAAAAACAUACAAGAUAAAGACGUCCCUGGAUAAUGUCGCGUGGAAAUUCUACUCUGAGGGUGGUUCCGAAAAGGUACAUCCUUUUUUGCUCUAGGUGAAGUAAUAGCGAAAUUAUAAUCGUGGAGACACUAAGUAAUAAAGGAUUGUGUUUACCUCUUAGCCUCGAGAACCAGGAUUUCACAUGCCGAAGUUGCUUUCGUCCCCUUUCUCUCCCUUCCAUUCGCUGUCCUUUCUCUUCUCCCAUCUUCACCGUCUCUAGUUGCCCCCUUCUUUUCUUCCUGCCUCCUGCCUUGCUUUCUUUUUCACCUCACUUCUACAGCCUUCCGUCCUUGGUCUCUCACCGUUUACAUAUGGCAAACGUUGGGGAAGUAAGUAUUAAAAUGUAAAAGAAACUGACAUAUAGACGUGGCUUAACCCUUUUAAUAUCCUUUGCCUAUUGUUCUGCCGGCGGGAGUCAUCGUCAACGUAGUUGCAAUCCUCAUAAAUAUCGUCUGUUUAUAUGUUCUUGUUUCUCCUGUUAACCGUGAGCGGGUAGGGUUAGACGUAGGCUACGUUAAAAAGGCACUAGACGAAUUUUCGACCGGUUGAAAAAUUUGACCGGACACGGAACCGUUCAAUAUUUUCGCUCUCUUGACAUGGAACUUACAAACCAGUUUCCGAAUUUUGAUUAUUUUCAGUUGUUUUUCCAUCUACCCAUGCGCAGAACACUACUUCACAUGAAAUCCAGUAUGGCGUCUCCCAGCUGAGUUACCACGCAUCCAUGCAACCACGCCCUUGCUACACAAAAAUUUAGAUGGUUAUGGUGUUCACACCUCUUGAUUUUGCUCAUUUCAAAUGUUUGAACGGCUAGGCGUUCAAGUUUUCGUACGGUUAGCGUGUUUCCGUGCGAAUGAAACACCUAAACGCACGAAUUUGUCUUUCAUCAGAAUUUUAUAGAAAUUUUUGUUAAUUUGCUUUUAGAUAUUUACUGGAAAUGAUGACAAAAACAGCAUUGUAAGAAGUGAACUAUAUGAGCCACUUGCUGCCAAGUUUAUUCGUUUUUAUCCAGUUACAUUUCACAACAGCAAAGCAUUAAGGGUGGAGGUGUAUGGAUCUGAGCAAGGUUGGUCUCUUAGUACUUAUCCAAUACAUACAGUUCAAAAGACAACCAUAGCAUUAAAAAACGCACUUUGAGUGUCAAUGUAUUUAGCACGAAAGUUUUAAUUGGGGACACUAUUAUUUACGUCUGCUACUGGAGAAGUGACCGCCAUUUUACCUUGUCAUUCGAGCCACGCGAAGGUCUGCCCGUCUGCAGAGUAAAGAAAGUACCUUCAUUUCUCAGUUAUUUUAAGACCCUGAGUAUUUGUUCGGCCCCAGGAAUCGAACCCGCGACUUCCCACUCUGCAGUCGAACGCUCUACCGACUGAACUAACCCUGCUGCUAAAUUCUGGUUUGUACAUACGAUGCAAGGAAACUGACUUACCACUUGGUUAAGUGCUCAGUUUUAAUAGGGAGCUUAAGCGUGCAACCACGACGGCGACGGAAUCAACGUCUCAUCAGAUCACGCUAAAUUUGUCAAAUGUUAGAGAUUUUUUCUCGAGUUGAGUUCUAAGGGUCUGUAUCUCAGUUAAAAAAAAAAGAAAGGAAAGUAGUUGUCUUGUAUUACAUUCUCAAUGAAACGUGAAAUUAAGAAGUUUCACGUCGUUGUCGUACCCUUGACGCCAAAGGAAUGUACAAAAAUACGUAAUGCUCGUGCAAAGUUGUUGUUUGCUUAUAAGGCUCCGUCACACGUAUCCGUUUUUGGUUGAAAAUGGAUAUUUUUUCUCCGGUUAAGCUUACCGUCCACACUCACUAAUUCAGUGAAAACGGUCACAGAAAACGCACCCUUUCAAAAACGUUCUCCAGUGUGGAGAUUUUUGAAAACGUCGGCUUUUCUUUUACGUGUGGACGGACGAAAACGGUUUCGAAUUCGGAAUACGAUUAUGUCAUACAUCAUAUACUUCUAGCAUAACGCAUGCUCAAUAAUGAGGCUAUGGUAUUUCCAUCGUUUUAGCGUUUUCGUGUGGACGGGUGACUACGAUUCGAAUAUGCUACGUGUGGUUGUGUAUUUGUUUGAAAAUGGAGGUAAAAAUCUCCGUAAUCAAAAAUAUCCGGAUACAUGUGGGUGGGGCAAAACCUAUUGCUUUUUUGCCGUUGUUGUCGUUGGUUAGGCUUCCUAAUUACUGCCUGACCAAUCUUUGUACAUCUAUAGUGAUUAUUUCACGUUUUCUUGUUUCCUCUCUGUUUAUUUUUCUCCUUUACUUUAGAAAAAGGGUGCUUUUAAUAAUUGGAUUUACUAUAUUGAUUUUGUUCCUCCUCGUUUGUUUCCUUCUUUGUCAUUGUAACUAAUAUGGAGCGAAUGGAAAUUUUUUCAAGAGUUCAAAAACUCAUUAAUAAUUCAUAAGGAAAAAACAAAAGAAAGUUUAAUGAGUGAUUUAACGGGAGCACCCAAUGACUGUUUUCUUUGAAAUAUCUGUUCUGAGAACAGAAUUGUCUAGAUUUUUUUAGAUGACCGUUCCACUCAUGUACAAUUUUUGAAGGCUAUCUAAUAAAUUCCCUACGAUUUUGUGAAGCUAAUUUUUUUCCAUUUCACUCCCCAGGUUAAGCCUUUUUUCAAUAGAGAAAGGAAUUUUAAACCUAAAAUUUUUGGAACCAAAAAUGUGAUGCAGACACAAAUUCUCACUUUCGUAAAACUCUAAACUGCAGCUAAAAUUUUCGGGAAAAUAAUGCUGAAGCUCUUGUAAUUUCGAAAAGACUCAACUAACCCUAGGAAGACCGAACAGAUAAAAAUUUUUAGCCCUAGUUAGAAUACAUUUCUAGAGAUCUAAGAGUACUCUGGAUAUCCUAAAAAGUGUUGUCAAUGCAUUUAGGAGGAAACCGUCGUUGGGUGCCCCUGUCUUUAUAUCUGAUAAACAGAUGAACUUUACGUCACGUUUUUUAGACCAAAAUGACCCCAAAUCUAAAUAUCAGUGUAAGAAUGAGUUGAUCUUUAUCAGGGAUUUUGAAGUCGUUAAAAAACUCGCAGUCUGUAUUAUCAGGUUUAAAACCUGAUAAUCGAAACCGCUCGUUUUUUAAACAGUACAUUUAAUUUUUCUUAAUUAAUAUGCCAUAUUUCCUAAUGUUUUUACAGGUUGUUUUGUAUCGUUCAAGAAUGAACGCGGUAAAACGAGGGAUUUUACAAUUACAAAAUCCUCAGAAGAUGGUGGAUAUAAAGCUAUUUGGAGUCGCCUUUAUGGUACUCACGGUUGGUGUAGCUUUUCAGUAUCCCUACCCCAGUACCUACAGGCUAAUUUCGGACAAAUUGUAACAGUCACAGGCGUGGCCACUCAGGGAGAUGCUCAAAGGAACAACUGGGUGACAAGCUAUUUAAUCCGCUUUGGAUAUGAUGGUAAAACAUGGAUUAGUUACGGAGCUGGACAGGUAAAUUUUCAACAUGUAUUCAUAUAUCUGUGUGGAUUUGCUUAAACUGAGCUCCAGGAGUUUUUCCUUGACAUUCUCAUUUCGGGCUCGUUUACUUUACUUUUUUCUGUUUUAUAACGUUUUGAGUACACAAAUCGUCUAACAAACUGCAGUAGGCAUUAAAUCAGGUUCAUCCUCGGUGUAAAAACCUUUGAAACUCACGAGUGACGUAAAACAAUGAAUACAAAGAGCCACUGAGAAGCCAACACAAUAGAGCCAAGAAAAAUAAAAGCUAGAAAACAAAGAAAAACUUCACAGGUUUUUACACCUAGAUAAACCUUAAAAUCAUGUGUUUAUAAUGCUGUCUGCAUCUUUCUUCAUCCUCCUCCCCCGGCCCUACCACGAACACCACUACCUGCGAUCAUUUCCCACAAUUCUCAUUUUCGUGUGAUAAAACAAUCCUACUUGAAAUCAGCACGCGCGAUAGAAGUUGUUUUCUGUAGUCGGUUAAUUUUCUAUUUUUCCUUUUGGCCGCCCGGAGCAAAGUUUUCCGGAAGCCAUUAUUAAACCUUAUGAAGGAACAAGUCUCAAGAUUGGCAAUCGUCCAACAAGGGCUCGAGACAGAAAAGUAUCACAUUGCGAGCUUUGUUGUAAGCAGCGACGAGUCUCUGGCCUCAAAACGUAGGUUGUAGGAGUCGAACAAUGUACCAAUUUUUUAGUCCGACUGUCCGAUUACAGCCUGCAAUUUAAAGCUCCGCAAUGAACCUAUUCAGUACAUUAACUGUGUAUGACUAUCUAACGUACUAAAAUAAUAUUAGAGGCCAAUGCAGAUUCAUUCACAUCUAUAACUCUUUGAACUUUCAAGUAGACUUCAAGUGAGUAAAAACAAAACCACACAACCUUUUAACUAAUGAACGUUUAAAUCUUACUUUUUGUCGGACAUAAUGAGUAGAUAGCGGAGACUAUUACCCUAAAGCGGAAGAUUUACUUAGUGCUUAAUGUAUCCCUGACAACUUUUCUUGUUUGUCCGUUAAUUAUUGGAACUUCAGUCAAGGAACGGGCCCCUGAACGGACAUUUGCAACCCCGCUUAGGCUGACUCGUCCCCAGUCACGAGAAGCGUGACCGAAGGGAGCGCGAGGGUUGACGGGAAGGAGAAAAAGGAGAAAAAUUUCUCCUUCCCAUCACCUCUAGCGCUCCCCUUCAGCCGAUUUGGGAAUAUACCACACAGAUUGUGGUCUCUUGUAAAUAAAAUUAUUUGUAUAUCUCCACUUACUUUGUUCUUGAUCUACCCACUCAGCAUUUGACUGGAAACAGCGACAGAAAUACCAUUGUUGUCCACUGGUUUGCUUCCCCGUUUGCAGCGCAAUAUGUCAGAAUAUUUCCCAAAACAUAUACUGGUGCAAUAUGUAUGAGAAUUGACUUAUUUGGUUGUAAGAAUUGUAAGUAUAAUUUGUUAGAGGGCGAUUUGUAAAAAUUUAAAUUAAUGGGAUACAUGUGCUGCCGUAUACAGCCAAUACUUAAUAGUAAUAAUAAUUAAAAAUUUAUAACGCGCCUUUUCCAUGCAAAUAUGAUCAAAAGCGCGUUUCAGUACUUUGAAUGUUAAAAAGGAAAAUAUAAGCUUAAAUGUACAUAUUAGUUUGGGCUAAAAAGUAAAUUAAACUUAAAAAUUGAAAUAAACAAACGAGCUUAAUCUUAUGAUCAUCACAGUGUUGGGCGCUUGUAGCUAAUCUCGCACGCAGCCGUUUUUGUCUCGUCACGCAACGCUCCUCCCCAUCUUGCCUCUUUGGGUAACCAAUCAGCCUCAUCUUUCCCGCCAGCCAUAUAAUAAGUACAGCUGCACUUUCUAGCCUGCGCAAAGGAAUAUUGGAUGGGGAAACUACCGGCUAAGUGCCGUCGAGAACGGCGGAAUCUGCAGUUAGAGGUGAAUUUUUUUUGUAUCGUAAACGGUAAUGCAAACUCUUCUGCCAGAAGACAGUGUUUGUGUAGGUUAUCAUUCGAGUUCGGGUUCAAUUUGGAAUUUAUUGGCACGAGUGUGUUUUUAAAAAAAGUAUCAAACGGGCAAAUAUUCACUGGAUCAAAAUUCGUCCUCAAAACAUCCCUACAGUGCAAUUCGAUCGACACAACACCUGACUUCAGUCUCACGCGCAACCUCAAAGUUGCCAAUAAAGAUUUGCGGCACCUGAUUGGUUCUUAAACAUUUCUAUUGUUUUUUUUUGUUGUUGUUUUUUUUUGUCAAUAGCAGUGCUUCAUUCUCUGAUAAUUGAAUUAUAUUUCUUCGUUUUUGCACUCUGUUUACUUAUAGGCUGUUUACAGUCCGUUAUUUUUCCGUAAGUUCCUCGAGAUCAACCGCUUUUACAUUACGGGCGGCCAUAUAUCUUGGAUUUGUAUCAAAUCUACUUUCUCGCCUCCCUCCCCCCACAUAAACCCCACAUGCUAUAAACCCCGGCUCCAUCUUGAAACUGCAUUAAUUACUGCUCUUAGCCAAUCAGAUUCAAUAAACCUAAUGGAGUGUAAAAUCGAGAUAUUGUAUCUGAUAAGUUUGCCUAAGUUACGUCUUGUCGUCUUUACAUCUAAUAUUUGCUUGUCUUUUCCAGACCAAGUUUCGUUGCCGUUCAGCGUUAGUUUUGAUGAUGUUUUUGUGAUAGCCGACACCAGUGAAUCUGUCAACCUGACCUGUGUGGCUAGUUACAGCCCUCGACAACCCUCUGGGUAUAGUUGGAGCAGAGAUGGAACGGGGCUGUCUGACGCAACCGCCUCUCUUACCAUACCAUACAACAAUGCCAGUAAUAUCUACAGUAACUCUUGUACAAGAAAGCUCCCUUCAGACAGUGGAGUCCAGUGUAAUUCAACCUACCAAUGCUCUGCGUCACUUUCUGGAAUACAAGGCAGUCAUCUGACCACUGCAAAUGUUAUAGUGUCGUUAAGUAAGCAACAAUUAGUGCGUACCUUACAAAGGUUUUUUGCUCGUUAUUGUGAAGGUGAAAAUUAAUUUAAUAUACGGGAUCACGCAGUCUUCAAUAACUAACAUAAUUUAAGUCCUUUAUAAGGACACGAAAAUAUUGCAUUCCAACAAUACAUGACUGUAAACGGUAUUAUAUGAACAAGGAAGUACCUCCUAAAAAAAUGCCUCAACCUUUAACGUAUUCUAAGUGGGUAACGUAUUUUUAACGCGUUUGUUUAUUCGUUGAUUUUCAGAAAAGCCAGGCCAGCCAGUUGUUCAAGUUAAUCCAAGUGACGUUAAAGCAAGAUCAGCAUUAGUCACAUGGUCGUAUAAUCCUGGAGCGAAUGAAGUGCCUGUAACUGCCUACAAUCUUGAGUAUCGAAAUAGUACUUCUACAGAGAAUAUAUUUUUGGGAGCUGUACUAAGUAAACGGAUUAUCAACCUCAAGCCAUACACAGCCUACAGUGUUAGGUUGAUAGCCAACAGUGUCUUAGGAAAGAGUCCAUGGAGUAAUGUCCAGAAUUUCAAAACAAAAACUGCCAGUAAGUGAUGAUGCAAAUUAGAUGCAGUGCUUAGAAUGAUAAUUUAUAUAAUACGUUAUUUUUCCAAAAUAUUGACCACUACAUCGUUUUACAUUGACUACUGUUGUUAUCAUCUAAUCGAUACUUUCAUUAAAACCCGAAGAACUGUGACACAUAAAGGUAUGUAAGCAAACUAAUUCAGCGAUUUUUCAUGUAAUAAUCAGGCCCCAGUUGUUCAAAAGCUGGAUAGUGCUAUCCACCGGAUAAAGCACUCUCCAGCGGAUAACGUAAUUGAUUUCCGUAAUACUUAUCCGCUGGAUAGUAAUUUUUGCGGUGGAUAGCGUUAUCCAUCGUUCAAACAACCCGGUCCAGGCGUCCAGUGUAGGCGUCCGGUUAUAGGACAGAGCUAUUCAGACUGAGUAUCAAUCAAUCUAAACUUUACUUGUUAUUUUCCCUUUUUAGAGCCUGAAGUCGAUGUCCAGAUCCUAAGUGUGACAAGUCCUACUUCGCAGUCAAUUCUAGUGAAAUGGCAGGUAAACAUCAGAUUUAUUGUAACAAAAACUCCUUCGUGUCCAUAAGUACUUCGUUUCUCUAAAGCGUUACCUCAGAUUUCCAUUAUUCUCGAAAGACUCCUACCCAGACCCAGUCGCUAUUGAGAUAAGCGAUCUUUGGGUUCAUUCAUUUCACUGCUUUGUGUAACCAAUAGAAAAAAGGGAAGGCUGGAAAUUGUCUACAUCAAUCCCGCAAAUUUACCAUUUUCAGACCUUAAAGUUUAAUGGAGUUCACUGUUAAAAGGCUUGAAAAUAAACAUAGAACGAGAAAGGAGGACCAUGAAAAAAACAAAACAAACAACAAAGACAACUUAGACGGAUGAAGGUUUUCUAUUUAGAUAUUUCAUCUGCGGUGGUCUCCCAAUUUUGGUCUGGCACUGACAGUUAUGAGGGCAAUUACUGGGAAACAAGUGUUUGAAGUUAGCCGCGGGUAUGUCCGUAUGAGCAUAUAAAGUUUAACUAGGAGGAGGAGAAAUUAUUCAACGAUGUAUUACUUAAACACUAAUUUAGUCAAGUUCAUGUCGUAGACACCAAGCACCACCAAUUUAAACGGACCCUUUAGAGGGUACAGUAUUGAAUACAUGGAAGCAGGGAAAUCUUCCUCGAAAGUCAAUGUCAGUGGAUCAACCCUCAGUCAUACUUUGGAGAACCUGAAGAAAUGGACAGUAUAUUUGAUUAAAAUCGCAAUCAGUAAUGGCGACUUUCUUGGUCCACCGAGUCCUGAAAAGCAAGUUCGGACGCGAGAAGACAGUUUGUAUACUCCUUGACUUAAGCUUGUUUUCUACCUGUUUCUUUUCCCCCUUAUUACUUCCAGAACAACAAACAAAAAACUAACAAAAGGAGAGAAAUUGACUUUCACCUCUGUCUCUCCCCAUUUUCCCUUCAUUUAGCCCCCAGCAAACCAUUGAAUCUAUUGUUCACCUUGCAAAAGCCAAGUGAAACGGUGAUGCCGAGAAUGACGGUCCACUGGCAACAACCUGCUGAACAAAAUGGUAUCAUCAGAAAAUAUAGAUUGGUUUUCACCUAUACCAUUGACGGAAGACAAACUACCAUUACAAGUGAAACAAAUAACCAGACCUUUAGCCACAGUCUAGAAGUUUUCGGUGGAAUACAGUACAGUGUUGAGAUUCGGGCAGAAACGAUUAAACCUGGGCCAACGCUAACUGGAGCUAAACAAGUACCAGAAUACAGUAAGUAUCUGCUUUCAGUUUCCUGCCCUCAGUGCUGUUGUAUUAGCAGCCCUUUGAAAAGAUGAUGUGUGUAAAUGGAAUUCGUAAGGGAAAUGAUAAGCACUGGCAUGAGAAGUUACGGCUCUGAGCUGCAAGUCCUAGAAAUGAAAGAGAGAUUAUCCUUUUGCUUAACAAGCCCUAUAACGACUACAAACUGGAAAGAAAAGAAGGGGAAGAUUCCCAAGCCCAUUUUGAAUCACUUCUGCCAAUGAGUAUCGUGGUCAGUGAAAUUUAUGGUGUGUAUUGGAUAUACAGUUAAAUUUUUAACCCUCCACUUCAAUCUCGAAUAGUUACUUGUCAUUUACAAUUUUUCGGUUAUCGCAAGAUUGUAUUCUCACCAAUUGCUAAUUGUUUCAUUCUUUUUUGCAGAACCAAGCGCGCCACCUCAAAACAUAACCUCUGAAAAGAUGAACGAAACAACUUACAAAAUAAGUUGGAAUCCUCUUCCCAGAGACAAGACCAAUGGUAGAGUGAUCGCAUUUGAAGUGAAUCAGACAACGCUUUCUAUUACACGCACUGCUAGAUCCGCGUCCACUUCGUCAGUUCUACAAAACACAACAGACACAUUUAUCGUUUUAACUGGUCUUUCAUCGUGCUCUGUUUACAAAGUUGAAGUGCGUGCCUACACUUCUGCUGGGCCAGGAGUCUUUGGUAGACUUACUCGUAACAUCGCGACUUCAGGUAUUUCACUGUCACAAGUCGACUUAAAACGGACACGAAAGGGACAGAGCCGAGUGUGCGCGUUAGAGGUGUCCCGUUAGAGAUAGGUAAAGUUUUGCUUCUUUGAGAAGAACUGUCCAAAUAGAGAGGUGUUAGGAUUAGGUACGAUCUCCAAGGGAAACUGAGACGCUUCUUUGUCAGAACUAAUAUUAAGCCAUACGGGGAAAACUUUCCGUUCCAAAGAAAGCAAAAUACAUAACGAAGUAUUUAGUAUAGUCGAAAAUGUUCUUUGCCGGAAGGGCGAUGUAUUUGACUCGUUCUCAUAGAUUGUGCGUUCAUCCCUUACAAACAUUGCAAAUGAUCAUUACUGAUUGGUUGUAGUUCCAAGUGAACCAACUGGCGUGAAGACGGAAAAUCCUGGCAAAAGGAGCCUAACCUUGCGGUGGAGUAAACCGAAACUACACGGGGAUGAUGUACAACGUUACAAGGUAACUUUUGACUUUCCUUAUAACGAAUAUUUAUAGAGUUCUAAAGUGAUGACGUCAUAAAAAUCAAAUUUUUGAAAUUAUGGGAUUCGCUGGGAUAUUUUGAAAGAACAUCUGAAAGAAAUAAUUCCAAUGCCUCGCCUUUUCUUUUGAGAUAGAACCAUACUUGUGCAAUUUUUGCGUGUUUUUUCAUGUAAUCCUCGAAUAAACACCAAAUUCUUCUGAUUGCAAGCGGCGUUUAAUUGAGUGAAUAGUGGUAACUGUGAGAUCGACUACACACUUCGCCCCAGUCUUCUGAGGCACCUUACGAAUUUUCGACUCCGCCUCGUGUAAGGAAAUCCAGGAUAGUUUUGGAUUCUGGAUUCAACGCUGUGGAUUCCGCAUUAUAGGUACUGGACUCCAGUAUUUGUCAGUAGAACUUGAAUUCUGGAUUCAUUGAGAUGUAAUCCGGCUUCCAAAACCCAGGAAUCCGGAUCCCCUUGUAUGGGGCGUUUCGACCAGUUGCAAAUUCGUGCGUUUAGAUGAUCUGUUCACGAAACCACCUUAACCGUGCGAAAAUUUAUACGCCUCGCCGUUCAAAGUUCCGUGUGGAAAAGCGAAAAUAUUGAACGAUCCCGUGAGAACGAAGAGUCCGGUCAAAUUUUUCGGUCGUUCGAAAAUUCCUUGCCAUUUCGGCAUAGCCUUAUAGACAACCAUAUAAUUACGUAACAGUUAUUGAUGUAUACCGCAGAUAACCUAUAAAGGUACAAAGGAUUAUUAUCCAGAAUUUAAACCGCAUACUGGAAUUCAAGAAACGGAGUGUCCGACGUUAAGAUUGACAAUCACCAAUCUGGUCCCUGGUACAAAGUAUGCUUUUGUUGUGAUGGCUGAAACCUACUGUGGCCACGGAGGCAACAGUUCUAUUGCGCAGGGAAGCACAAAAGUGGAUGGUAAGUUAUUUACUGUGUGUGUACGUUCCGUUGUUCAAUAACGAUGUUCUCUUAAACUAUCUUCCAAUUUUCCAACAGGGAAAAUGCGUUUGUGCUGAUAGAUGAGGGCGAAGAAACCUACCAGUGAUAACGCUGAAUUAAAUAUAAAUCAAAAACAAAAACAACAAAAUUAAAAUAAAAAACAAAAAAAACAUACAGAAACAAAACGUAGGAUAAUUUUCUUUCGAGUAGAACGUACACUGCACGAAAAAAUUACUCCGUGCAAAUUUGGUGCAAAAAAUUGCAAACUAAGGUUAAAUAAAAGGCAAAGAUGGUAAAUACCUCAUUUGCCCUCAAAUUUACAACCCCAUGUAAAUUGGCAAGCAAAUGCGGUAUUUACCAUCUUUGCUUUUGAUUUACCCCUAGUUUGCACUUUUUUGCACCAUAUUUACACGAGUAAAUUUGUGUAAAUCCAACUUUUCGUGCAGUGAUAAUAAAUUAAACUAAUUAUUGCGACCGACAAGAGGAGCCCGCAAUCCUAAUCUGCGGGUUGCUAUUAAGCAUGCGUCGGAUGUAUGUAGCCAGCAUUCGUUUGGACUUCCACUAAGAAUGAAUGGAAUGCACAGGACGCGAUUUGAUCACGUGCGUUUGGAUCUUCUAUCGCUCGUGUUUCGACCAUCUAUCACGUGAAACGUUAGCAAAGCACAGCGAUGGAGCAAAUGCGUUUUGAUCUUCGAUCGUUGUCGUCCGCACUCCGUAAACUUUGCUAUUUCUAGUCAUUAUCAUUAAUAAAGAGGGUUAUUGGGAGUCCUCAUUUUUUGGUAGUGGGCGGGGGAGUUGGGUGAUCCCACUGAAAAAAUAUUCGAUAAUUGGAGGAGCAAGAAAUGUUACUAAGUACAACCAGCCACAUGAAGUAAUUGAAAGGAGCAGAAAACGUCGAUGAACUGGAACUACAGUAAAUAAUUAUUCUCAGAAUCUUUCCAGACAGAAUAGAACCAAUGCAAUAGAAUAGCACCACAGCAAACUAUCGAAAUUCCGGUUUCCCUGUGUAAAUGGCUAAGUUAUAAAAAGUCUCCUAUUUUCAGUGUUAUCUUUUGUUCUGCUUACAGCACCUUUGGCGCCUGUAAACCAUGACGUCCACGCAAUCGAAAAAAAAGGAACAUCUGUGAAUGUCACAGUGUGGCAUGCAUUACAAACCAAUGGUCCCAUCAGGUAUGAGUCAUCUUAUAAACCCUUAAAAAUAUUAUACAACUGUAAACAAGUACAUAAAGAGAAAAUCGUUUUUUUUUUUUUCAGAGGGACGACGGCCACGCGAUUUUCCCGCCAAACAGAACGCGGGUUGCCUAAAAGCGUUUCCCGGCGAAAAAAUGUAGCACUAGCAAACAUAUACUCCUCCCCUAGUCUGGCUGCCUCGUAAGUCCCUUCCCCAUUCCCCCAGAGUCUGUACGGACGGUGCACGUUCGGUCGUACGCUGACUUCAUAACCAAAUUUUCUCGGGUCCAUAGGUUUCCAAUUUUCUUUAGCUAUAGGGCUCCGCUCGCGUCCGCUAUAACACUCCCAGACCACGUUAUGAACGUUAAGGCAAGAUUAUUUGUCACUCUACUCUGCUUUUUCAAUUGAGUACGAAAUCCUCAGGUAUUGUCAUAGUAAUACUUAUUAUUACUAAGUAUUUUACAAAUAAUAAUUUGACAACUGAAAGGUCUUGCAAUAAAUACUACGCGCACUGUGGUUACUACUUUAAUAUCAAUGAUCUAACUAGGUACAUACACAUGGCUGACGUAAAUGGAGAAUUUUCCUUUGCUUCGCCUGUCCUAUUAAAAUAAUUGUCUUCAAAAUGCCACAGUUCAGUGACGAAUUGAUUGCACUUCAAGACUUGCAAACCAAUUGUCUCACUGAAUCAUGUUGUCGGCCGGAUCGUUAUGUGUGAUAGUGUUACAAACCAGAGAAGAGAAGUCAUCGGUAAAUAAUUUUGAUGUUCCUCGCUUGAAAUUCAUUUUGACUUUGAUUGUGGACAGACUUAUAGCAUUUGUAAAUCGAUAAUUUUUUGAGCAGUUAGAAGUAAAGGCUUUCUAACAUGUGUUUUUCUAUUUUGUUUUUAUUUUUCUGAUACUGACAGUGAUUAUCAAGUUUUGGUGCAUCAAGUAAAUGACUGGACUGACGAGGUUUCUGACUGGAAUACACUUGGAUCAGAUAUAUAUAUUGCUGCUCAAAUCCCCGCUAAUUCUGUGAAUCCAUCCAUGGUUUUUGAGGUCGGAAAUGGUAAAACAUAUGAUGGUUAUGAAAACAAGCAACUGCCAAAUGGUCAGAAGUACAAGAUAUAUUCCAGAGGAUUGGCUCGCCGCGCAACAAAGGUAAACGAGUUCAACAGCGAUGUUGCGCGUUUUACCAUCAUCGUUCGAACGUGUCUUACAACAAAAUCAGUUGCAAGUUUUUUUUAGUGGGUGGUAAAACGCGCAACAUCCCUGUUAAACUCGUUUUGCAGCAAUGUUGAAAAAUUAAACAAGUUGCACGUUUUUUGUUGCCCGUUUUACAGGGUGAACUUUUUUAAAAGCGUGUGUGAUGAAAAGCUGUAAGGGUCUUAACCUUCAUCACCCAAACUUCACUAAAGUGUACAAAUUUCAUUCUGUAAAUCCCCGAAAAACAAAUGCUUCUGUGCAAAAAACAGUUGCCGAGGAGAAUUCGUUUGAGUCGUCGUACCAUAGAAUUUCAGUUGAUAUAGUUUUUCCAACAUCAACUGCUUUAUUAAAGAUUUAUUACUGUUAAACGUUAAACUCACAAAAAUCAGGUUAUUACGCGCGACAAGAGGAGCCCGCAAUCCUAACCUGCAGGUUAUUAUUACGCAUGCGUGACAUGUAUACAGUCAGCACUAGACAGAAUCUAUCCUCUUUUUCAGAAACGUUCUGUUGAUCAAAACUAUUUGCUUGGUAAAGCAAGUCUAAUUGCCAAAGUUCAAAUAGAGAAAGGUAAGAUUGUUUUUUUCAUAUUUUGUGGGGGAAUAGCCUUUCUUUAAAACAUUCCUUUCAUUUAUCCGACUGAAUCAGAAACAAGAAAGGUGAAGCAGAUUCUGUUUUCCUUUUUCGCAUUUCAUUUUAUUUCUGUGACAUAAAAUUAAAAGCCAGUGGUCCCGCUUCAAUAACGAUUAUACGGCAAUACCGAAAACCAGAAGUUAUUUUCAGUUGCGUAAGGGUACGAUCACGAAAUAAUGUCAUGCAGAAGAUUGAAAAAACAAUGACACCAAAAAUAGUUCUUGCUUAACCGAGAAACAGCACAAAAACCCUGUUAAUUCAAUCACCCACCGGCAUGGACCAUGGAAAUCUGUACUCAAUAAGGAGGUUUCCUAUGGUGUGACCGGCCAUAUAAGUGAAACCUCUUCAGCAGUACUUUUAGAUGGAACUAUUAACUUUUUGUUAUUGCUGAGAGGACCAUACAUGUAGUUGACAGACAAAUAGAAUGAGGAACUAUAAUUGGCUUAUUGACUUCAGACUAACCGAUAGAUAGAGAAAACUCUCCUAUGCACAGACUGAAUGAUUCAGUGAGACACUGUGAUUCACCUACCAGAAAGAGUCAGAAUGACGGAUCAGCUAAACUAAUAACCACCUUCAGACUGACUGACUGAUUGACUGACUGACUGACUGACUGGUUGGAAUGUUCUUUCACUCAUUUUCAUGCUCAAUCCUUUAGUUUACAAAUCUGAUGAUGCAGACAGACAGGGAGGAGACACCGACUCACAAUCAUGGGACAAACCUUCAAACACAGGUUUGUUAGUUGAUUUUUUAUAGUUUCCCAAUACUAACUGUAAUCGAACUAAAAGACGGUUUAUUUUAGGAGCUGAAUUUUGGAAAUCUAUGCAUUAUAAGCAACAACCAAGUUCCCAAAAUCCUCUCCCUCCGUUCCUUUGAGAGAAGAAGGGAUAUGACGUAAAGAUGGAGACGAGGUUGUAUUUAGAAAUCGGCUAUUGAUUCACUGAGUGACCGGAACUUUAACAUUGCAGCAUCUGUAAUAUCAUCCAUCGUCUUAGGGAUUGCAUUGGUCAUUUCUCUUGGAGUGAACCUUUACCAAUGGCGUGCUCGGGGAAUUUCCAAAUCUGGCAAAAAGUAUUCUACCGAGGAAUUACAAGUCGAAGCUCACCAAAUUGAAGGAGGUUUGUAGCGUUUGUGGAAACAAUGAGUGGCAUUUUUAGUUUGAACUGAGUAUGCAAUUAUGGUAUCGGGCACUGUUACUGGGUACUUAAAGUAAUAUUUAUAACCAGGCCACAAGUGAAAUAUCUAAAAUAGUAUAUUGAGAAUAAUUAUGAUAUAAAUUUACUCACCGUAAAUCUCGUUAUAGCCAUGUUCAUGUAAAAGCUAGGGACUUUUGCAUCUACAGAGACGACGCUGUUUAGGAUAACAUCUUCAUCAAAAAGGAAGAAUAUGGAGGGAAAAAAAGAAUUACACUUGCCACUAAGUAACUUGUGCGGGAAAAAUAUUCACAGGGAUAAAAAUAAAUACUUGAACAAAAGAAUAAAAAAAGAUAAUAAUAAACCUCUUCUCUUAUUUUUUGUAAUGACGACAGAACUCCACAAAGCGGACUUACAUUAAUUUGUUAAGAUAUCCAUUCUUCCUUUUUCUCCUCAAUUUUGAUAAGAUUCCAACCAUUUUCAAUCUUAGGCGUUGCAGAAGUCCCGUCUCCUCAAGUGGAAUCGUUUUAUAUGGAACUGCAGCCCACAGAAAACCAGCAAACGUCAGAAUAUGGAUCUCUAAUGAAGAACCCGGAAGGAGAUAGUGAUGAUGCUAAAACGGAACAAGAUUAUGCUAAUACCGCCUUCCAUCGGCUUCCUAAACCGCAGGAAAAGGAAGUAUAUCAAAAUAUAUAA